AUGGACACGAGCACGCGCUCCUCGUUUGGGACGUACCUCCACGAGCUUCGCAACUAUUCUGCGGGUACCAAACAAACACGAUUAGAGAUCGAGUGUUGCAGCUCGCGUGCGGAUGGCGACCUCGUUUCUCACUCGCAGCCCAACCUCGCAGCGUGA